UCCUCACCGAUCUUUAGGAUUUGAGCCGGAGAAACACCCGCGAUCUUUUCUCCCCGCUCCGCUCCUCUCCAAGACCGCCCUUCCCGCUCUCAGAAACCGGCUAAAAGACGGAUCCGGCAGAGAGGGACCCUAGGGAAAGUGUAACAGGAGGAAGCCCAGGGCUUGCCUGGCUCUGCCUGAACGGGAACCCCGGCCCGGGAGCUGUCAGUCCCUGGAUUCCAGGCUCCUUCCUUGGAAGCAAGAGAGCAGAAAGCUGGCGGCACAGUUCCCCACCCGUGACUAAAGACUGAGAGCUUUUCAGUGGAUUGUUCAGUUCGAGGAAAUGAAGAAUUCAGAAUAAUUUUGAGAAACGGACUCCCACAUGGAGAAUGAGAAUCAGUUGAAUAUUUGACCUGCUCUGAGGAAACAUACUGUUUGUUUGUCUGAAGUCAUCCGUAACCACCAACCCAAUCAAAAUGAAUUCAACAUUGUUCUCCCGGGCUGAAAAUCAUUCCAUCUACUAUAAUUUUUCAGUGAAGAAUUCCCAGUUUUUGGCGUUUGAAAAUGACGACUGCCAUCUGCCUCUGGCCAUGAUCUUCACACUGGCCCUUGCUUACGGGGCCGUGAUCAUUCUGGGGGUGUCUGGAAACCUGGCCUUGAUCGUCAUCAUUUUGAAGCAAAAGGAGAUGCGAAACGUCACCAACAUCCUGAUCGUGAACCUUUCCUUCUCAGACUUGCUAGUGGCCAUCAUGUGUCUCCCCUUCACGUUCGUCUACACGCUGAUGGACCACUGGGUUUUCGGGGAGGCGAUGUGCAAGCUGAACCCUUUUGUGCAGUGUGUCUCCGUCACCGUGUCCAUCUUCUCGCUGGUUCUCAUUGCCGUGGAGCGGCAUCAGCUGAUCAUCAACCCUCGGGGCUGGAGACCCAGUAACAGGCACGCUUACGUGGGGAUCGCUGUCAUUUGGGUCCUCGCUCUGGCGUCCUCCCUGCCCUUCCUGAUCUACCAAGUGCUGACAGAUGAGCCUUUCCAGAACGUGACACUUGAUGCGUUCAAGGACAAAUACGUCUGCUUUGAUAAGUUUCCGUCGGACUCGCAUCGGUUGUCUUACACCACCCUUCUCUUGGUGUUGCAGUAUUUUGGCCCACUCUGUUUUAUAUUUAUUUGCUACUUCAAGAUAUACAUACGCUUGAAAAGAAGGAAUCACAUGAUGGAUAAGAUGAGAGACAAUAAGUACAGGUCCAGUGAAACCAAAAGAAUCAACAUCAUGUUGCUGUCCAUCGUGGUGGCGUUUGCAGUCUGCUGGUUACCGCUCACCAUCUUCAACACUGUGUUUGAUUGGAAUCACCAGAUCAUUGCCACCUGCAACCAUAAUCUCUUAUUCCUGCUCUGCCACCUCACAGCCAUGAUCUCCACCUGUGUCAACCCCAUAUUUUAUGGCUUCCUGAACAAAAACUUCCAGAGAGACUUGCAGUUCUUCUUCAACUUUUGUGAUUUCCGGUCUCGGGAUGAUGACUAUGAGACAAUAGCCAUGUCCACCAUGCACACGGAUGUGUCUAAGACUUCUCUGAAGCAAGCAAGCCCCGUCGCACUUAAAAAGAUCAGCAGUGAUGAGAAUGAAAAAAUCUGAGACCGCGGUAGCAGGUGGUCCCAGAUGACAUCUGCUUGAAAACAAGCACAACCUGCAAUGUACUUUCAGGACUUGUUCCCCCAGGGAAUGGGACUGACAUCAUGGAAGGAAGAUAAAGAUUUUCUCGUCUUGCUUUUUACUGCUUUUGUAGUAGCUGUCAUGAUUAUAUUUGGAACAAAACAUAUGGGCUUUGGAAUCUUCUGGCAAUAGUAUUGGCCAGACAGCCUUGAAGUGCUCUUUUUGUAAACUUAUGGAUAUAAUAUAAAGGCUUUUAUAUUGUAUUUAUUAGGAUGAAAUUUCUUUAAAGGACUGCUAUUAACUGACUUUAGAAGCACUGCACCUUAUGCUCUCGUUCGAUGGGGCUAUCCUGGUUGGAUGAGAUUGUCGGUGGAUUGGGCAGUCCUGGUGGUGAUAUGCAUCCUUUUAGUGUGUUACAGAGGUGAUAGCAUGCAAAAGCAGCGUCAGGAUGUGAGCUGAGAGUCUGUCUUGUAUACAUAGCCUGAAGUCAUUCAAAAGGGAUUUGCAUUUUUUUUAAAGACAGCAUUUAAUUUGUUCCUAAUUGAUUAUCGCUUAAGAUUUUAAAAAGUGCAUUUAAAAAUACUUUUCGGCUAUGAAAAUAUCAUGGGGAAUUGGGCUACCCACAAGAAUUAAGUGGGAAAGGAAUUUCCUAACUUCAGAACUAUUUUGGUACCUGACAACCAAAGGAUUUCAGAGUAGUUUAACAAGGAAAUCAAUGUUGCUGCAAGUAGUUGAAAUUGUAUUUAUUUGAAUUGAUGGUCAAGAGGCCUUCCAUUUUUCACAGACUAUUUGGUGUUUGUCAACCUUUCUAGCAUAAACAUACAUGUAAUUCAAAGGCAUUUAUUUCCAGCUUACUAUAUGUAUAUAUAAAACCACAGAGUGUAUUUUCCAUACAUGAGUGCCUAUAUAGUAAGUCAUUUUUGACUUUCAUGUCCAUUCUUUCAGAGGACACCAAGGUACAAUGUUGAAUGAAUGUCCACUUUAGCCGGCAGGGGUAAAUACCUGAAAACUGAGGACACUUCACGUAGCCCGUGUUAACUUGUGCAAACUGUGUGCUUCGUGGAGUCUAACCAAUCAUGCAUUAUACAGAGGACUGAGGGGUUGCGUCAUGUUAAUGUGCUGAAUUUCAUGUACCCUGUAAUCAUGAUGGAGUCUCGGAAUCACUGGGAGGGAAGAUACUUUAAAGAACAAGAUAUAGCUUUGAUGUAUCAUACAGACAAAGUAUUAAAUGUGUUUGAUUUUAGAAGAGCAGACAUUUUCUUUAAUAAAAGUGUUUCUGCUU